UCCCACCAAAGAAUUCAUACAGGGGAGAAACCCUAUCAGUGCUUGGAAUGUGGAAAGAGCUUCAGUGACAGUGGGAAUCUCACUUCCCACCAAAGAGUUCAUACAGGGGAGAAACACUAUCAGUGCUUGGAAUGUGGAAAGAGCUUCAGUCAGAGGGCGAAUCUCACUUCCCAUCAAAGAAUUCAUACAGGGGAGAAACCCUAUCAGUGCUUGGAAUGUGGAAAGAGCUUCAAUCGGAAGGAUCACCUCACUUCCCAUCACAGAAUUCAUACAGGGGAGAAAGCCUAUCAGUGCUCAGAAUGUGGGAAGAGCUUCAGUCAGUGGGUGAAUCUCACUUCUCAUCAAAGAAUUCAUACAGGAGAGAAACCCUUUCACUGCUUGGAAUGUAGAAAGAGCUUUCGUCUGAGUGGUGAUCUCACUUCCCAUCAAAGAAUUCAUACAGGGGAGAAACCCUAUCACUGCUUGGAAUGUGGAAAGAGCUUCAGUCACAGUGGGAAUCUCACUUCUCAUCAAAGAAUUCAUAGAGGGGAGAAACCCUAUCACUGCUUGGAAUGUGGAAAGAGCUUCAGUAUGAAGGAAAGUCUUACUUCCCACCAAAGAAUUCAUACAGGGGAGAAACCCUAUCAGUGCUUGGAAUGUGGAAAGAGUUUCAGUCAGAGGCAGAGUCUCACUUUGCAUCAAAGAAUUCAUACAGGGAAGAAACCCUAUCAGUGCUUCGAAUGUGGGAAAAGCUUCCGGGAGAACUCCAAGCUCACUUCCCAUCAAAGAAUUCAUACAGGGGAGAAACCCUAUCAGUGCAGAGAAUGUGGAAAGAGCUUCAGUCGUAGCAACCAUCUCUUUUCCCAUCAAAGAAUUCAUACAGGGGAGAAACCCUAUCACUGCUUCGAAUGUGGGAAGAGCUUCAGUCUAAGGUGCAGUCUCAUUUCCCAUCAAAGAAUUCAUACAGGGGAGAAACCCUAUCAGUGCUUGGAAUGUGGAAAAAGCUUCAGUCACGGCAACCAUCUCUCUUCCCAUCAAAAAAUUCAUACAGGGGAGAAACCCUAUCAGUGCUUCGAAUGUGGGGAAAGCUUCCGUCAAAGCACCCAUCUCACUUUUCAUCAAAGAAUUCAUACAGGGGAGAAACCCUAUCAGUGCUUGGACUGUGGAAAGGGCUUCAGUCGGAAGGAUAGUCUCACUUCCCAUCAAAGAAUUCAUACAGGGGAGAAACCCUAUCAGUGCUUGGACUGUGGAAAGGGCUUCAGUCGGAAGGAUAGUCUCAUUUCCCAUCAAAGAAUUCAUACAGGGGAGAAACCCUAUCAGUGCUUCGAAUGUGGGGAAAGCUUCCGUCAAAGCACCCAUCUCACUUUUCAUCAAAGAAUUCAUACAAGAGAAAAAACGUCUUAGUGUUUGGAAUGUGGGAAAAGAUUCAGUCAUGGCCCACCAAAUAAUUCAUACAGGGUUGAAAGUAUAUCAGCACAUGGAAUGUGUAUAAAAUUACACUUGUUAAAAAGUCAAUUUAAGAUCUCACAGCAGGGUGAAUGAUAGAAUAAUAGAUUCAGAAUCUAGUCCAAUCCCCUCCAGAUAU